AUGAAGAAAAUAUUUGGCUUUGGGAUUAAGGAGAGGACACCUUUGGGCUUCUGCGAUGGCAAUAGGAGUACCUCCCUGCAAUCUGGGAAUGAAAAUAUUGAUAGCCACUAUUGGCGAAAUUUCUAUGCCAAAUACAAACCUAAGGAAAAGCUGCACAAGGCUGCAAGCACAGGGAAAGUAGAGAAAUUGGUAUCUAUCCUUGAUAGUGGGAAAAUCCAUGUGGAUAACAGAGACAAGAAGAACAGGACUGCUCUGCAUUUUGCCUGUGCUUGUGGCCAUGUCAAAGUGGUGACCUUCCUAAUCGCCAAUGAUUGUGAGAUUGACCUUUGUGACAGCGACAACAGCACUGCACUGAUUAAGGCUGUACAAUGCCAGGAAGAGGAGUGUGCAACCAUUUUACUAAAGCAUGGCGCUGAUUCAAACAUUGAAGAUGUCAGCGGCUUCACUGCCCUUCAUUACGCUGUCUGCAAUGGGAAUAGUCCAAUGGUUACCAAGCUGCUUGCAUAUAAUGCAAACAUCGAAGCAAAGACUAAGGAUUACCUCACACCUUUUUUACUUGCUCUAAGGGAAAGCAAAGUACAUGUGGCAGACCUUUUAAUAAGGAAGGGAGCAAAUAUACAUGCACUUGAUGAAUUUAGAAGAAAUGCUCUCAUGUAUGCCGUAAGAUGUGAAUCAAAAGAUAUGAUCGCGCUUCUUCUUCAGCGAGGCAUUGAGGUUUCCCAUCAAGAUGGUUUUGGAUGGACUGCGUUACAAUAUGCAGCUGCAAGUCAUUCUAGGAU